GCUAGAAUGGCUUUUUUCAAGUUCUCAGCUCUGGCUGUAUUACUGCUGUCUGCCUACUGUUGGGCUGACAACGAGGCAGAUGAUGUUGCAGAAGAUCUGAGUCACCUUUCUGUGUCUGAAAUUCUGGAGAGAGCCAACAGUAAUCGGAUCCGUUCAGCUGAUGAGCCAUUACUGACUGAAGGAGACAUUGCCAUUGACAAUGAUGCAGAGAGAAAUGCUGACCCAUGCACCAGUCGUAGUUGCACAUGGGUCAAGUCGAGUGAUAGAAAGGUCUACGUUCCUUAUUACAUCACCAAUCACUUCUCUAGCCGUGAGAAGUCCAUUAUCACCCGCGGACUGGAGUCCUUCUCUUCAUUUUCCUGCAUCCGCUUUAGGCCCACCAGAAGCAGCGACCGUGACUGGCUGAGCAUCGAGUCCCAGGGGGGAUGCUACUCCUAUGUCGGCCGUGUUGGUGGUAAGCAGGUGGUUUCUCUGGCUCGCCAAGGAUGCCUUUAUCAUGGCACUGUCCAGCACGAGCUGCUCCAUGCGCUUGGAUUCAAUCACGAACAGACACGCAAUGACAGAGACAACCAUAUCAGGGUUCUGCUGCAGAAUGUUCAAUAUGGAAUGGAGCACAACUUCAGGAAGAUUGCCACCCUCAACCAGGGCACUUCAUAUGACUACAACUCUGUCAUGCAGUACCACAAGUAUGCUUUCUCCAGGAACAAUCAGCCCACCAUGCUUCCCAUCCCUAACUCUAAUGUAUCCUUUGGCAAUGCUAAGGAGAUGAGCCGCACUGACAUCGCCAGGCUCAACACACUCUACAAGUGUUAGGAAGCCUUUUCUCAAAGUGAUGACUGAGGGUUCACGGGAUAGAUAUUUCCCCCAGUCUUGAGGAGCAACUGGG